GUCCAGGGUUUGGAAUUCCAACAUGGCAGAGGCUGUGGUCAGUCUUCCCCUCACUAACUUGGAAUGGUUUCAAAUCGCGAGCAGCCACGCUUAACCUUUCAGCCGCUCAGACCAGCCCGUUCACGUGCAACACUUUUACCGGAUCGAUGGUGUUAUAAGCCGUGACGCUGCCCUGUCACCUCCACAGGCUUGAAGACAUGAUCACUAGCACCAGUAUUUAUGGUCUAAAGAUGCAGUGGACCCCAGAGCACACACAAUGGGCAGAACAACACUUUGACAUCUCAUCCACCACCCGCUCCCCUGCACACAAAGUAGAGGCCUACCGGGGGCACUUACAGCGAACCUACCAGUAUGCGUGGGCCAACGACGACAUCUCCGCACUGACUGCCUCCAAUCUGCUCAAGAAGUAUGCAGAGAAGUACUCUGGGAUCCUAGAAGGCCCAAAUGAAAGAGCCCUGCUGUGCUCCUACUCUGAUGGCACCACCGGACUCAUGAAUGGACGAAAGUCAGAGAAUGAGUCCUGGCAGGAGGGGAUUUACCCAAUGAACUGUGCUCCAGAUGUUAUAUCUGUGAGCAAAGCUGGAAUGACAGCUGCCCUACCCCCUACAGAUGUGUCUGCUAGCAUAGGCAGCUCCCCAGGGGUGGCCAGCAGCUUGUCUGAGCCGAGUUAUUCCAGCAGUAACUGUGGGAGCCACACAGCCACUACUCUUCACUCGGGCCUCCCCUCUCAGGAAUAUACUGCCAGCUACAACGGCUCCUACCUGCAUUCUAGCUACAGCGGCCAGAGUACUCCAGCCCUCCCCUCCCCGCAUCCCUCGCCUUUGCACAGUGCGGGGCUCUUACAACCACCUCCCCCGCCUCCUCCCCCUACCUUGGUGCCAAGCUACAAUGCUGGGUCUCCAAACCUUCCCAACUACAAUUAUCCUCCAACAGGGUAUCCUUCUCAGACUGCUGUUGGCCCUGGUUAUAGCCCUGGGGGAGCUCCCCCUCCUUCUGCUUAUCUGCCAUCCGGUAUUGCAGCCCCCACCCCAAUCCCCCCUUCCACACUGCCAGGCUACACCUACCAGUCCCAUAAUCAUACACCAAUUGCACCAACACCUUUGAAUGGCAGCACAUCCAACUCAUUAAAACGAAAAGCUUUCUACAUGAGUGGACAUGGAGAUAUGGACUCCAGCUAUGGUAAUUUCAACUACAACCAACAGCGCUCUUCACAGAGCCCAAUGUAUAGAAUAGCAGACAGCAGCAUCUCAGACUCAAACAGGGGAAAUGGCUUUGACAGAAACCCAGAGGCAUCAUCUUUAGCGUUUAAGCCAACCAAACAGCCCAUGUCCUCUGAUCAACACAGAAAGUUUAUGGUACACUCGGGCAGAGCACUGACUCCUCCAUCCUAUGGAUCAACCAAAAGCUCUGUGGCUGAUCUCAGAACUGGUGAGCCCUACAACAAGUUUGGAUCCCCCAUCAUGAGCGAGCAAACUGAAGAGCACAGACAGCACCUCUCUCACUCCCUAACAGGGCCUGACAUCGGUUCGGCUACCUCGUCCAUCCAUGCUGCGGAGGAACAACUGAAAAACAGCGACUCCAACCUGGUGGAGAUGGUGACCACGGAAAUCCUCCAGCAGGGUCCUCCGGUGGACUGGAGCGACAUCGCUGGUCUUGAUAUGGCCAAAGCAGCAAUCAAAGAGGAGAUACUGUGGCCAAUUCUAAGGCCAGAUAUGUUUAGUGGACUUGCCACAUUACCUCGGAGCCUCCUUUUAUUUGGACCUCAGGGAACUGGUAGAACGCUUCUUGCCCAAUGCAUGGCCAGCCAAUUGGGCGCUGCCUUCUUGCGACUCAGCAGCUCAUCUCUGGUGACCAAAUGGCUUGCAGAAGGGGACAAGAUAAUCCAGGCUUCUUUCCUGGUAGCACGCUGUCGUCAACCAGCGGUGGUAUUCAUCAGAGAGGUGGACCUGCUGCUGUCGUCCCAGCUCAGCGAGGAGAGUCCAGUGAAUCGCCUCAAAGCUGAGCUCCUCAUGCAGCUUGACAGCAUCCUGACCUCUACUGAGGACCAUAUCCUCGUGGUCUGCUCCACCAACAAGCCUGAAGAGAUCCCAGAUUCCCUACGGAGGUACUUUACCAAGCGACUGCUCAUCCCCUUGCCCGAUGGGACGGCACGACACCAGAUAAUCAGCCAACUGCUCUCACAGCACAACUACUGUCUCAGUGACAAAGAGAUGUCACUACUGGUUCAAAGGACAGAGGGGUUUUCAGGACUGGACGUGACACAGCUGUGUCAAGAGGCUGUGGUAGGUCCUCUCCAUGGCAUUCCUGGUACGGACCUGUCAAGUAUCCACCCCACUCAGAUGAGACCGGUUUCCUACCAAGACUUUGACAAUGUGUUUUGCAAAUUUCAGCCAAGCAUAUCACAAAAAGAACUUGACAUGUACACUGAGUGGAAUAAAAUGUUCGGUUGUAGUCAAUGAGGGGGAACUACUGAACACAAUUUCUUGCGUACAAAUAUGUGUUUUUCCUUCUGGCAACAGAAAAAAAACAACCAAUGGUGACAUAACACAUGGCUUUAGACUGAAGAUCACAGUCUUGACAAAGAAAAUAGGUAAAAAUGAAAUGCUUUAUGAGGCUGUUGCCAUGAGCUCACUCAAACCACUUGGAGAAGAUGCCCCCUGUUUAUGUAUAUACAUAUAUAUAAAUAUAUAUACAUACUAUUCUGCUGAUCUUGAGAUUUAGUUGCUAUCAAGUGCCUGAGGUGGUGCUGUCUAAGUUUUUUUUAUUUCGUUUUGCCUCACAAUCUUUGUUGGUGACAUGUGCUAAUAUAAAAAAGCUUUAAAACGAGACAAAAAACUUGCUUUCUCUUUUCCAUUAGAACAGUGUUCUACAGCGGUGUCUGUUUUGUGCUCUCUGUGAACAGUUGUGGUUAAUUUCAGAUGAAUUACAUUUAUUGACAUAAUUUCAGUCGGGCUUCAUUACCAAACACAAGUUUUUAUCUCUGUUUUCCUUUAAUUAAAACAACAUUAUCAUACUUGGUUGCUGUAAUAGCCUUUCCACUGUAGAUGAAAUCAAAAAAGCAACCACUACUUUACGAUGUGACUUCAAUCUAAACAAUAAAUUACAUUGUAAUUGCUGAUAAAUUAUUGUUACAGUAAAUCAGUGUUAAAAAUCAUGUAAAAAUCUACCAUGAUUUCUUUUGAUGUUCUCUAUUUGAAAACUCAGGAAAGUGAAACUGCUAUGUAUAGUACCUCAUAAGCUUGUGUCAAACACACUACAAGAGCAUUUGGCUUGCAUUUGAAAUUCCAUCUUUAAACAGAGAAAGGCUAUAUAAUACCUCAAAAAGCUUGAGAUGAAAUGUGAAGGUUCCUGUGAUGAAUGUAUGAGAGUAAUUCUGCAUUAUGUACAAGACAAAAAAGUAAUUUCUUUGGGGUUUUUCGUACUUUAGAUUGUGGCGAUGCAAAGCUGCGAGAAAUUCGAAAAAGGUGCAGACAAACAUCUCGGGGUUGAGGAGGACAACCGCCCCGAGCUAUUUCAUUCCAUCCUGCUGCUGCUUUAUCAUUAAUGAAACAUAAGGAUUAUGUAUAGCCUAAGUUCCUUUCUACCUCAGUUUGUUACUUAUCUCUGAAAGACAAAUUCAAGAAGACAGCAAAAUGUCAGCACCUAUUCUGCUUGUUUGAUGAGGAGACCUUCUGAGAGAACACCAAACAGUGUUUUGUUGUGUGCAAAAAUCUAUUAGCUUUACAUUGUGAUAACUCCCGAGAUUUCUCACCACAUAAUGCACUUAAAGGGGAAUGCCACUGAAUAUCAGGUUUGAGACACACUAUGCCUUUGCCUUAGGACAUUUUGGUCUGUACUAGGUAACAUUCACCAGUGGAUCUUAUUGCAAAUGCUAGUUUGGCCCCUGAAUCUGUGAUGUCAAACAGAAAAUCUAAAUGUGCAGCAGUGUCUUAAAAGCAAUCCCAUCAUUUUAAUACAAAGGCUCAAGAAGAUUUGGGUUGAGUUUCUUAGGUUAUAUCUGUGACAUUCAUGAUUUGAGUGGCAUUCCUAUUUAAGAACACAUCUUGAAGGCUAGUCAAAAAUGUUAUUUUCAUUCUCCUGUUGUCAUGUUCAAAAAUAUUAUGUUUACAGCGCAUUUUAAUCACUCAUCAUUCAAUUUGCUACCAUUGAAAAAUCCAAAAUAACAGCAGAAUUGGUGAGUCAAAGUGUUGUUGAAUGUACUAUGUCCUCUGAGCAGUAAGGAAAGCAAAGCACUCGCACAAUGAAAAAUGCCACUGAAGUAGACAGCACUGGAGGUGUAGGUGUGUGAUACUGCAGAGGCACUAAAUGGACCUUGUGUUUGUUUUUCAAAGGAGUUCCCUUCAUGUUUGUUGCCUAUUGCACAUGUUUGACCUGUUCUGUCCUAUUUUUUUAUCAUCAUACCACUGCUGCCAUCUGGUUUGGUGUCAUUAACUCCUUCAUAGCUGUAUGAUGCACACAGAGGAUCAAGACAAUAAAAGAGGAACCACUCAAGAGCAGAGAAAGCUGCCAGUAAUAUCUUGUGAUAGUUACAUGCCAUUUUAUUGGAAAUUAUUACCCGGCUUACUAAUAACAUGGUUGUGUUAAAUACUUAAUUCUGAUUGGUCAAAACCCCAUAACAAUGGUUGUUAAUUCUUAAUAGUAACAACCACAUGACAGAAAGGAGUCUGGUACAUUUAUACAGUUCAAGAAUUCACCUAAUCUUGUUGACAAUGGCCACGGUUACAUGAUGUUUUUUAAUUCUGAAUUAAUUAUUCAGAAUUAAAUAAUUCGGAAUUAAAGUAUUCUCCUUUGCGUUCACAUGGAAAUAGUAAUUCCAAAUUGAGGUUUACAUGGAAAAUACAUUUAAUCGUCUUUAUUCAAUUCCGCUUAAGGUCUGGGGGUUAGGAAGGGUUCUGAUUGGACAGGGGCGGGAGUGACGUAUUUACGUCUACCGGGAGAAAAACAGACUCCAGCUCCUGCUUCUUUUAUUUUUCGGUUACAACAUGGAAGACCACACAACUGACAAGUCCCUUGAUUAACUUGGAUGCUACAGCUUUUAAAAGGUCCACAUUAUUAUGUUUCUGUCCAUCAAUUCUUUUCAUGAUAUCCAUUUCUUCUAAGGCUCCUAUUUAAUAAAUAGUCUCGGCUCGAGUCCAACGCUUGCUUCGGGUGGCCAUCCUGGAAUAUGAGUCCGUCAGCGCUUAAUAUGUGUGUCAUCGCGACAGGACGAGGGAACGAGCAUGCGCAGAACGACCAGAAUGAAUUUAAGGCAGAAUGAACGUAUACAUGAUCGAGGAAUUAUUCAAUUUGGAUUUAAAAUCAAAUAAACCAGCCACUUACUUUGGAUUUAAGUUUAAUUCGGAAUGGUCAUUUUCAUUCGGAAUUAGGUGUUUACAUGGUCAUUUUUAAUCUUUUUAAAGAGGAUUUAAAAUUUUUAUUCUGAAUUAAAGAGGAAUUAAAAGUCUCAUGUAAACUUAGCCAGUGUGGCAAAAACGUUUGCUCUUGAUAACACCGGUAAACAACAUGGAGGUUAUUUUCAAAUAUUCCUCCGAUUUAUUUUGAAAAUGAAAACUUUAGAUUGGUGGUUAAUGGUGGACCAGUCACCAGCAGAGGAAAUAGGGAUGUUAAAACAAGCAAGGAGCUGAGUGAAAGAAACAACGACCAAAUUGAAGAAAACAGAAAUGAAAUAAUGAUAUCACUACAGUAAAGCAGGAUAAUGUCAAGACUUUAACAUGAAUUAAUUCCACUUGCAAGCAGGCUGAUAAGGAUACCAAUGCCAUGAAAGCGCUACCAACCAUUGUAGCUAGGGGAAAGUUUUUUUAAUUAGCUGCAAAAAAAGUCAUUUCUAAGCAAGAAAAUCUCAAAUUGAAGUAAUUACGAAGUGUCAUCUUGUUUGUAACUGAAGUUGAUGGCCGGAUAAUAAGCAAGAUAAUGUAUAGUGAGCGGGUGGUCAUGAGAAAUAGAAUCCUGUCUCACCCUGUCAGGAUUCUAUUUCACACAACCGCCCACUCACUAUACAUUAUUGCUCCCUCUAGUUACAAGAUGGGCAACAGCAUUUUUAUUGAAUCCACUCAAGUUACAGUAAUCGGUACAAGCUUAACUCAACUCUGCGUGAAUUGUAUUAAACACAGGAUCAUUACAUUUGUUAAAUGUGAAACAUUUACCAUCAAAUUCACCCUACAGAUCAGAUCACAGUGUAAAAUAUGGAUGCAUAUUUAUGGUUUGUUUUUCUCUCAGUUUUUUAAGUUAAUUCCAUGAAUUUUAAACCUAAAAAUACUUAACAUCUGUAGGCUCAGUGUUGGAUUCUUUGUUUUCCUUCAUGCUGUACAAAAGUGUUCUGCUUCAACUGUCAAUGCCAAAUCUGUUUUCACGUAAAAGUGCACAGUGAGGUUUAAAAAUGAAUAACAUUGAGUUAUUCAUGAAUAACUUUGAUGGGGGAAUGCUUUUCAAAAGACUGUUUUAAGUGGAAGUGUUCAAAAUGAACAGAGCUUCUUUAAAUAUUGUGUCAUCUAUGUUUGCACUUCGAGGUGUUAAUUGGAUGAAAUUUUCCUUGAAGCCAAAGUAGGAGAGCUUUCUUUUCAAUAUUCUGAAUUGUUUAAAAAGACACGUGAAUUUCUGUAUCCUUCAUUCCACAGCUUGAGACGUUGAUAUCAGCAAACGCUUUCAUCAGGCGUUAAGUUAUCGUCUCACAUUAUGUAAGAUAUUUUUUAAGAUGUGAGUUUUGUGAAGCAUUUGUGUUCCAGUUUGAUCCUGUCUGAGUUUAUGCACACAGUACUAGUAGAAACAUGGUGAAACUGUCCAAAAAUGCAACAAAGAUAUUCGCAGAAAAUGUCACAUACCAUGCAGUGUAUUGUCACACUGGAAUAUAAGAGCUUCUCAGUCCAUAAUUGCCCAUUUCAACAAUUUAUUUAGCUCACUGCAAGAAUUUUUUGACAAGAAGGCGAUAAGAAGCCACAAGUGCCGUUAACAAGAGCAGAUUUCACAAGUUUAAGAGGUCGACUGUUCACGAACCUACAGAGAGAUGAUUGUUAAAAAGGGGAAAUGUUCCACUCAAUUUAAGUAGUACUUGUAAUCACUCCGCGACAACAGGUCCUGUCAAUUUAUUUGCUUUUUUUUUUAAACUGGUGGUAUGGCACAGUGUAACACAAGGCACAUGGAAAAGAAGUUACAUUUCAGUUUCAGUACAACUACAGUUAAAACCCUGAGAUACGAUCUGAGGCAAACUAGUACGCAUUGAUUUCUAUAGUUUGUGUUUUACAUGCUUUAAAUGUUGCCAGUUAUUUAUCAUAAAGGAGUUGUGUGAGGGAAAAAAAAGGGCCAACAGUCACAAACAAAAGCAGAGUCUCUGAUAAGCACAUCCAGUCUCACAACUUUUUUUUUCCCCCCUCAAUUUUCUACAUUACAGCUCAAGACUUUCUAUGUCUUAUCGUUUUCCUGCAUUCUUUAUAACCAUUUCUACCUCAUUGCUACAUAUUGUACAUGUAGUACUUAUGUCCUGUCAUUUUGAAUGUCAUGCAUUUAUGGAUAAAAAUGUUUAAAAAAGAACAAAAAAAAGAACAAAAAAAAAAAGAAAAUGCUUGCCCUUGAAUCUGAGCAGUUUACCUCAAAACGACUGUCUUUACACUGUCAAGUACAAAAGACAGAAAAAAUAAGGCACCUUGAGGGCAACGAUGAAAUAACUCUGCACAUACUGACGUACAGUUUCUUUACAAUUUCAUGUUUCGAUUCCGUUGUUGUGAGCUGCGUGGGUCUCCUACAUAAAGGUCCCCGAUGCAAAUCCAUUUCCUAAAAAGUGACAAAUUGCUUUAAUCCCUCUGUUAAUGUUGUAGUGCGCAUGUUAAUGUGUAUGUAUGUGCACUUGCAAGUAUGAAGGGAUAACCUUACGAAAUGAAAAACCUGACUUUUUACUUUUCAUAUCCAUGUACAGAGAAUUAACUUGCACAUAGCUGUACGUAUUGUACAUUUGCUAAUGAUAUACAGCAUACAUACAAAAAAUGCAGCCACAUACAUGUUUAUAUGUGUGUAUGUAUUGCCAUACUUACAGUACAGUCAAUUUAAAUGUAUUUUAAUUUCAAGGUACAUAAAGGUUAUUGAAAUACUGAAUAAAGAUGUUUUCUUUUUUUCCUGAAAACUGGAUGCAUUUUGUACCUUUACUUGAUUAAAUUUGCAAUGGUGUGAUGAUUCCAGCCUGUGCUAUUUCCAUUUCAAGCUUUUUCUUGUGUAAGCUGUGUUU